CAUUUUGGUGUAUGUGCUUGGCUGAGGAGCCAAUGGGGCGAAGCUACCAUCUGUGGGAUUAUGACUGAACGCCUCUAAGUCAGAAUCCCGCCCAGGCGGAACGAUACGGCAGCGCCGCGGGGCCUCGGUUGGCCUCGGAUGGCCUCGAAUAGCCGGUCCCCCGCCGUCCUCGCCGCGCGCCGGGACCGGGUCCGGUGUGGAGUGCCCCUCGUCCUGGGAAAUGGGGUGCGGCCAGAAAGGCAGCCGCUCCCUCGCCCGUCAUGCAACGCACGUUCGUGGGGAACCCGGCGCUAAACCAUUCGUAGACGACCUGCUUCUGGGUCGGGGUUUCGUACGCAGCAGAGCAGCUCCCUCACUGCGAUCUAUUGAAAGUCAGCCCUCGACACAAGGGUUUGUCCGCUCGCGCCCCUGUUCCGCAGGUGUGCGGGGCUUGCGCCCAGCCCCGGCCGCCGCGCGUUUCCGCCCAGCCCGGAGGCCCCGGGCCGCGCUCCUCGCCGGGCUCCGGCCCCGCCGCGCCCCCUUCACGCCCCCCGCGCGCCGCGGCCGCAGCCAGAGCGUAUCCUGAGCCCGCCGCCCGCGCCCGGGGCUGCCGGGGAAGUUGGGGCGAGGCGGGCCGGGGAUGCACCAUGGCCUUGGCCCGGCUGGGCUCGUGGCUCGGGGAGGUGCAGUGGCUCGCGCUAGUGUCGCUCUUCGUCGCGGCCCUGGCCACGGUGGGCCUGUACCUGGCGCAGUGGGCGCUGGCCAGGGUGCGACCCCAGCCCCGGCGGCCGGCGCUGGAGCCUGGCGAGGGGCCGCGCCGGGGGUCCGACGCGCUGCUGUCCUGGAUCCUGACGCUGGGCAGCUGGAGGAGCCAGUGGCAGGCCGCCUGGGUGACCGCCCUGAACGAGGAGGCCGAGAGGAAAGGGGGCCCGCCUUUCCUGUCCUUCGAGGAGGACCCACGGCAGCAGCCCCUGGAGCUGGCGGUGGAGGCGGUCUCCAGUGUGCUCAGGUCUGCGGAGGAGAAGGUGGUGGUCUGUCACGUGGUGGGCCAGGCCAUUCAGUUCUUGGUCAGUGAGAAGCCUGCCUCGGGUGCUGGAUGCCGGCUCUAUGACGUGCGGCUCUCCCCAUUCCAUUUACAGCUGGAGUUCCACCUGAAAGAGAAGAAAGAGGACCUCCAGAUUAGCUGGUCCUUCAUGAGUGUGCCCGAAAUGGCCAUUACUGUCCAGCCCAAAGCACUGGGGGAGGACCAGGUGGCCGAGAUGCGCAUGGUGUCGGACACUCUGAAGGACCUCUUGAAGCAUUUGGUUGGUUCUGCCUCUCCAUCAGUGCUUCUGAUCACCAAGCCCAUGAAUGUACAGGAAGCUCAGAACUUAGAGUGUGCUCCGUCGACUGCUCAGGAAUCCUGUCCUCCCAAACCUCCGCGGGCUCACGAGCUAAAGCUGCUGGUGAGGAGCAUCCGCGCCUUCCUGCUCAGCGAGCCUGAUGCUUCAGGCCACAUUAACACAGUGUGCGUGGUGCAGCUGAACGAUCCUCUUCAGAGGUUCUCCAGCACCCUGACGGAAAACACCACGGACCUCACGUGGGAAGAGGAAUUCACCUUCGAGUUGAAUGCCAAGUCGAAGGAGUUAUACCUGCAGAUUUCAGAGGCUGGGCGAUCCUCAGAAGGUCUGCUGGCGAUGGCGACAGUUCCUUUGGAUUUAUUUAAGAAGCAGCCUUCUGGACCACAAAGUUUCAUGCUGACCAGCGGCUGCUCGGUGCUGGGCUCCGUCACGGCAGAGGUAGGUCAGCCCCAGGGCCAGCAUUGUAAUCAGGAUCUUCCUCUGGCAGAGUCUCCAGUGAAGACUCCCAUCAAGGUGAAGGUGAUCGAGAAGGACAUCUCUGUCCAGGCCAUCUCCUGCCGCAGUGCGCCCGUCAGCAAAACGCUUUCUUCUUCAGACACAGAAUUGUUGGUGUUGAAUGGUUCGGAUCCAGUGGCUGAAGUUGCCAUUCGACAACUCAGCGAAUCUUCAAAGCUGAAACUCAAGUCGCCAAGGAAGAAAAGCACUAUUAUCAUAUCAGGGAUCUCCAAGACCUCACUGUCCCAGGACCAUGAUGCUGCCCUGAUGCAGGACUAUGCAGCCUCCGUGGACAGUGCCCACCGGGAGGACGCCCCGUCCCAUCCGGAGGCAGCCACAGCCUCUGCCCCGCUGGAGGAAGCCGAGUCAGCCCAGGCACCCUCUGACCCCAAUCCCCAGGAGGACGAGCUAGACUCCUGGGACUUGGAGAAGGAGCCCCAGGCCGCGGCCUGGAGCGGCCCAGCCCUGCUGGACCCAGACGGUGAUGAGCUGUCAGAGAGCUCCCUGAGUGUCUCGGAGCCGGGUGCCGCCAAAAAGCAUAAAGGAGGAAUUCUAAGGAAAGGUGCUAAGCUGUUCUUCCGCCGGCGGCAUCAACAGAAAGACCCGGGCAUGAGUCAGUCACACAAUGACCUUGUGUUCCUGGAGCAGCCAGAGCAUUCCCGGAGGAAAGGGGUCACCAUCACCAAGAUCCUGAACAAGAAGCUGCUCUCCAGGCACAGAAACAAGAACGCCAUGAACGGUGCCCCCGUGGAGCCCUGCACGUAGGGACUGAGGUCACCACCGCCAAGCCAGAAGACCUGCACCCAUGUUACCACCCUCACCAGGACACAGCGAGUGUCCGCCAGGUGUCCAGAUGCCCUGCUUGUCUUGCUGGGUUUCUUCCAACCAUCUAGUCUUUUAAAGGGAAAACAAAAUCUGAGUCUCCAGCCAGGAGGCUUUCCCCAAAGAGGGCGAAAAAGCCUAACUUGCCACCAGAUGCCAAAUGAGACUUGACAGCUCCAGAGCUUGGGCCGUGCUCAAAGCUAAGAGUCAGGGCUAAAUAUUAGAAGGAGAUUAACAUUAUAAGAGAAAUAAUACACUCAAAUGGAUUGUGGAGGGCAGGUUUGAGGGACUCAGUUUACCUAUUUACACACUAACGAGUGUUGUUUUGGACCCAUGCCUGGACCAUGUCACAAAAAGGAGGUGCCCUUCUGUGCUGUCACUGUGAAUGGAAUGGGUGGGUCACCUGUCCUCAUCUGCUGCUUGGACUAAAACACGCAGCUGGCCCUGAGUACAGGGAGGUGGAACAUAGGCAGGAUUUUUAUAGAGAAAUUAUGAUAGGAAUGGGAAUGCAGUUGCACAUGUAGGAAGACAUCUGCCUUCGAUAUUAGCCAUAGAACUCGAACAUUAUAUCCUAUGCACAGUAUGCGGACACUUUUCUAAGUUUACUUUGAGCCUACUUGCAAGUGGAAGAUACAUAUAUUCUCACACAGUUUUUACAUUUUUCUCUAUUGUGUUAAAAGCUCUAAUAACACUAGUGGAGCAGUUGACAGCCAGGGUUUUUUUUCCUGCUUGUCAUACUUGCUAAACAAGAGCACAGCAGGCCUGUCGAAUGAAGUCGGGAGCCAUACGUGACCGCUCGUAGAACACAGUAACCAAACACAGACAUGGAUUUUGCCAAAUGCUGCCAGGAGCCAAAACAAAGUCCUUUUAGGGCAGUAGAGGAAGUUAUUUUGUGUCUCAGGUGUCAGUCUUAGGAAUGGAAGUUUAAAUGGGCCACACUUGGGGAAAUUCCUUCUCUGAGCACUUCAGAAUUUCGCUGUCAGCAGUACUCUUGGACACAGUUUGGGGUGCCCUUGUUUGGGGUUGUUUUGGUAGAAAACGUGAUGAACCUGGCACUCCGUUUUAAUGUCCCUAGGUAUCGUUCCAGUCGCUUUCCUCCUCAGCUGCCUUUAUACUUCACUUCAUUCACAGUUUUCACUUUGGUCCGCUCCUUCCGAAUGUGCCACUUCCAGUAGACGUGCUGGUGAACGAGCAGUCAUCACUGGGGUGAAGUGUUUUUGACAGUUUAAUGUGAUUCACUUUUCUCCAAAGAGAUGUAAAAGGCUGUUAUGAACACUUGACUUCUGUCCUGGAGAUGGAGAUGGGAGAGCUUCCUUCCACAGGCGUUCUUUAAUCCUUAAACAUUAAAUAUUUCAGAGGUCACAGAGCCUCUGGUGAGUAGAAACCUAUAUAAAGACCAAAAUUACAGGAUUUUUUUCUUUUAGGGGGAGAGAUUAGAACACUAGAUUAGGAAUUUCACUUUAAGAUGCACAUUACACACUUCUUAGGUGUUCCAGGAAUUAUCAAUUGACUUUAAAAUGACUUUUACAACCUGCUUUGUUUUUAAAAAUUAUAUUCCAAUUUUAAUGAUUUUUUUUUUUUUUUUUAAAAGCACUUGGAGUUGCAAAAUAUAUGAACACUACCCAGUUUCUGUCCCCAGAGUCAGGCACCACUGCUAAUCUUUUGGGACAGAUGUUCACUUGAAUGUUUUACUUGAGGUUUUACCGCUCUGGGCCACAUGGUAAAAAGAGCCUGAGACAGAAUUCCGAGAGGAUAUUAUGUGAUUAUGUGUCAGAAUUUCAGACACUGAUGAGAAGUUUUUAAUUGUUCUUUGUGUUUGAUUUUGGAAUUCAGGCGCACUCUAUUCAAGUGCGAGGAUGUCAGAAGCUUUUUUUAUUAAAAAAAAAAAUUUUUGGAGGCGGGUUUCACUCUGUUGCCCAGGCUUGAGUGCAAUGGUGGCUCACUGCAACCUCCCAGGUUUAAGCAAUUCUCCCGCCUCAGCCUCCCAAGUAGCUGGGAUUACAGGCCUGCGCCACCACAUCUGGCUAAUUUAUGUAUAUUUAGUAGAGAUGGAAUUUCUCCAAGUCGGUUAGGCUGGUCUCAAACUCCUGACCUCAGGUGAUCCACCUGCCUCGGCCUCCAAAAGCGCUGGGAUUAUAGGCGUGAGCCACUGUGCCAGGCCCAGAAUUUUAGAUUAAGCCUUCUUGCUCCCCUCAAAAAAGUUUUUAACCAUCCCAUUUCCAGAUGAAUCCCAUGAGCACUGCUUACUGUCAAAUACCUAGGUCUGGGGUUCUGCUUCCCAUAGACACGCUCACGUGGUCUCCAUGCUCACGUGGUCUCCAUCCAGUGGCCUUUUCUGAAGUCACAGAAAACACCAAUGUAGCAGGAAGUUGCUGAAGCACUCGCCAAGGAAACACGUAGGCUGGCUUCAGGGUAGCACCUCGAGAAAACGGGCUCUGUUGAUACUGUGAAUGUUUCUUUUCCAAGCUAUUUUAUACAGGUUUGUUUUCCCACGGUGUAGGGUAUUUAUGAUAAAGUAAGUGUUGUGAAGGUUAAAGAUCAAUUAAGAUGAUCCACCAAAUACUAAAAAUGCUGAUGUGUAAAUCACCUUUAUCGCCUCACCUCUUCUACAAGCUUCUGUGGCUUGCGGGCUUUUGUUUUUGGUGUUUGGGUGAAUGUUUUGUUGAGUGGGGUUUUAAAAGCGAUUCCUUGUGAACACUAAGGUUAAUUGUGUCUGCAUCCCUGGAACUGAGUGCUCAUGUUGGUUUUAAUGAGCUGGCAGCCCUUCCCAGUUUGCUUUGUUUAAGGAGGUGUGUCUGUUCUUUGUGGAGAAAUGAAAUGGAGCUUUAAGUGUGUGUGUGGUGUGUGCGUCUGCACACACGUGUGUGUUAUUGUAGCAAUAACAAAAGUAGCCAUCUCCUUGUUCCAGUUGAAAACCUGCUGUGAGAGUUUUGAUAGAGCACUUUAUUUUAACCAAGUUUCAAGUCUCAGUUCAAAACCAGCCCUGAUCCCUCAUGACAGCUACUCGCCAGCGGCCACUCAGUAACAAAUUGGUGCCCAUUUAGGUUUGUGCUUGGGUUUUACUGGCCACAUCUACAGAUGAGAGUUGCAGAGUUUCUUUGAGCAGAGAGGGAAAGAUCAAUUUACGCUGCUGGCCACCAAAGGCUGGUGUUUCCUGGGUAAUAGUCUCACGACUCUUAAUCUGGAAACUUCCGAGUACGAAUUGGUGGACGGUGGCAAUCAGGACAUUUAUCUCUGUCAGAUGGAAACAGACCUCCGGACUGGCAUAAACCCUGCUGCCAGGCCCUCUCCCCACUGCCCCAAACUGACCCAGACACGAUGACCAAAGCAUCCUGCACAGGGCAAGGCCCCUGCGGAAUCCUGCAGGGCAAACUCAGGUUACCCUGGGCCCAUGACCGUUUACAUUUGAAACACAGUCCACUGCCCCGUUCCCGCAGCUAGCAGCUGGGCAGUAACGCACCACGCAUCAUUUAGGCUUCUGGUUUGUUGUUUACCAAUGUUAUGUCAAAACUGCAUUUUAUAAAGAAGAAAAUGGCAGGUUUUCCAGGUCCGCGGAAAGGUUUGGCCUGACGCUGGAGUGCAAUGAUGAACUUUCGUGACAAUGAUUGUAUUCCUCAGUAGCACUUUAAACACCGAAGACAGCCCUGCACCUUGCCUGUGCACAGGCUGCGUGGGCUCCUUUGGAGAAGAUGUGGCUGGAACACAAACAAUCUUUGAAAUAAAUAAAUGUGCAUACGGAACACUA